AGCCGCUGGCCUGGGAGUAGACGCCAGGCGCGUGCGCGGGGCCAUGGAGGCAGGCGAGCGUACCGCCCUCGAGGCGCCCGUAGAGGCGGUCGAGGCGCGCGGAGGGCUGCCGCGCCUUCAGUGCGCCUGGCGCGGCCAUUCCGGCGGCGCCGCCGCGGUGGGCAAGGAGCCGGAGAGAGGUCGAUCUCCCCGUCGCCAGAUCCGCCGCGGUCCAGCUCCGGCGGGGACCCUGGCAGGCCGCCCACGGACAAGCGCGCACCAACCCCAGCCUCGCUGGCCGCCAGCGGUGCUGCAGCAGGACGCGUCCUCCGCCAGCCGCGCGCCUUACUACCGGAGCACGGCCAAGUCGCGCGCGGCGCAGCAGGCCCUGAACGGCGACAGCUGGAACGGCCUGGCCACGCGGGACUGGGCGAGGGCGCGCUGGUGGUUGCCGCCCCCGCAAGACUCCAGCUCAUCCGCAGGCGGGGCAGGCGCGGCGGUGCGCUGCCAGACGGAGUUCGUGGGCAUGGCCGGGAGGAGCAGGAGCGGCAGGCAGCUGCAGCAGCUGGAGCCUGGGAGCGCGGAGGACGGCUGUGGCGCGGAGGGCCAGCGCCUCCAGCACGCCGCCUCCGCGCCGGGAGGCCUCCGCCCCAGCAGCGGCCCGCCGAGCCCGCCGCAGCAGCAGCAGCCGCCACGGGCGCCCGGGGCGCGGGGCCUCCACACGGCCCAGGCGCCCCGGGCGGUGGCGCCCGCGGGGCCCGCGGGGGCGCGAAGGGCGCGCACGCCGGCGGGGCCGUGCACCGGGCUGGAGGCCGCCAGGA